CAACCUCAUAGUUUGCAGUUGGCUGCUGUGGUGGUGGUGUGUGUCGACGACGAGUGAGGUAUAGUUUGUAGUUUGUAGUUAUAUAUUUUUAGUGAGAGUGGUCAUCUCAUGGAGUUAAAAAAGAAACAUUCCGACGCCAUCGGUGUGAUCCUUGCCGUGGCGUCGGCGGCACUAAUUUGUCUAAUAUUUGGAGGGAACCCCACCACUGCCCAGUUGGACCUUCCCUUCAUGCCCGGACCUCCGUAUCCCGACCCACGCGGGCAGAACAGGUGGGGAGUAAAGUUCGACCCUAGGAAACACGGACCCCCUUUCGACAAGCGGGGCAGUGCUAAUCGCAACGUGUGGCACCGCAUUCCACAAAGUCAUGACCGAGAAAUUUCUCGGGAACAUCGGAGACCAAGUCGGCAAAGGGACUCGUACUGGUCACCGGGGAAAAUGAGAAGGAAUUCCAAUCGACCAAAUAAGUCGGGUCGGAGGCAGAAUAGACGUCAUAAUCGGUAUAAUGGUGGUGGUGGUGGCAGAGAUCAAAACCGUCGACGACCUCGGGCCCACAAUAUGCGCGAUUAUAGGGACGAAGAGGAGGAAAUGAGUCGUGAAGAGGCCGGCUGGAAAUGGCCGGACCACCACCAACGCCACAAAAAGUAUAAGUCCGUCUCAUCCUCUCCUCACCCCGACAAGGAGGACCAAGCAAAGUUCUGGAAAAGUUGGAACGCCUGGUACAAGAAGCAGAUUGAUGUGAAAGAACAGCUCAAAAAGGGGAAUCAUAAAACGUUCCCCUACAAUAUCCAGCACAACCCAACGUAUCACGUGGACGCAGAAGAGUUUGAAAAUCUGCACAUCGUUGAUGACGACGACGAUCACAAAGGAAGGCAUCAUCAUUACGAAGGUGGAAACUCACUUCUCGGCGGAGCAGGGAGAUUGCGUGACUUUUACUGGACCAGAGUUAAGGAUCUCGUUCACCGGGCCAAAAGCAUGAAUCCCUUUGUUGAAGAGGAGGCCGAAAGGAGUAGCAGCGACGGGAGAAAUAACAAAGAGACUGACACCGAGGAGGAGGAAAGGCCGGAAGGUUGGCGGAUCUUUACCACGAUUGGUAAAGGUAUCGACGCAGCACACACGGCGAUGGGAUCCGUUCGAAAGACCGUGGGCGGCUCCCUGAUCGGAACUGGGAUGAAAUAUGGAGGAAAAAUGGCGAUGGGUGCAGUCAUGAACGUUGGAACGGCCGCUUUGACGACGGCCAUCAAAUCAGCCACCCUCGGAUGAGGAAUGACAUCCCGAUAAUUGUUAAAGAUUUAUCCUCCUCCUCCUCCUCGUUAAAUAGUAUUUUACUAAGUUAUCAAUCCCUUCAAUGAUGCCAAAGCAAACCAACCACCAAAUGUACAAAAGACGGAUAAGUAAUAGUGGAAACUGUACUUGAGAUAUCCACACAUGGAAUGUUUCCUCCUCUUCAUACACUCGAAGAAUGCACAAAUGCAAUUAAUUAAAUUAACUACUUCUGUGGUAGCCGUUUAA